AUGCCCUCCUCUCUCGCGUCUACCCCGUCCACCCGGUCGAACGACUCGAACCAGAGCGGCAAAAAGACCGCGAGCACGCUCUCCGGGAAAUCGGAUGAUCUAGCGAUCGACGGCGCGCCUGUGGUUUCCCUCGGUGCGAUUCAGCAUCUUGAUCGGCAAGGAAAGGUGAUCGCCGACCCGGACCGAUCAAACCCAACCCGGCCCCGAAUGGAGCGGCCCCUCGACACAAUCCGCGGGUUUGAGGCCGCCAUCGCCUCGCGGCGGGGAGGGCACAUUGCAUGA